AUGGACACCAUCACCAAGGGCCUCCGCCGCGUCUCCCUCGCCGCCCGCCCGACCCCUCGCUCCCUCUCCUCCCCGCGCCUUUUCUCGUCGUCGUCCUCAUCGCACACCGCACCCGCACCCGCACCCGCACCACUCGAGCCGUACCCGUUCAGCUCGACCGCCAUCACCGUCCCGCCCACCCCGGUCAACCCGGCCGCCCCUCCUCCUCGAGGCGACUCGCUCCUGCGCACCCUCAACGCCCACCUCACGUCCCAGCACCCGCACGCCGCCCUGUACCUCCAGCUCUUUGGUCGCCGCGACAAGAAGCGCCUCCUCCCCGGCUCGGUCCUCACCGUCACCUCGUACGCCUCGGCCCCGUCCCCGACCAACCCUUCGCCUCCGACCACCGUCUUCUCUGGCGUCCUGAUCGCGCUCCGCCGCCGCCACCAGGGGCGCGACACGUCGAUCCGCCUGCGCAACCUCGUCGGCAGGACGGGCGUCGAGCAGUCGUUCAAGGUCCUCAGCCCGCUCAUCAAGGACAUCCGCGUCGUCGCCAGGGCAGAGACGAGCGGCCCGCCCGUCGUCACAAAGGACGGCAAGGAGGGCCCGAGGCGCAAGGCCGCUCUCCCCGCCGCUCGCAGGGCCAAGAU